AUGACUGAUUCCCGGUUAUACUCCUUCUCCCCGGAGACAAAGGAGCAGCUGCGCAAGUUCCGUCUCACCACCUCUCGCGCAAAGGAUGCGCAAGCUAGAAUCUAUAUCAUCGAUGCGAAGAAUCAGGAAAUCCGCGCACAGGAUGACGAAGUCUACACCAAUAUGGAGGACCUUGCCGAUGACCUCCCUGAAUCAUCGCCUCGCUUCAUUCUCCUCAGCCACCCCUUGACAUUGGGAGAUGGCCGUGUUUCUGUCCCUUACGUCAUGCUCUACUACAUGCCUGUGAACUGCAACCCAUCCCAACGAAUGAUGUACGCCGGAGCCGUGGAGUUGAUGCGCAAUACCGCAGAGGUCAACCGAGUCAUCGAAGUUCACGAGGACGAGGAUAUUAUUUCCAUCAAGUCCCAGCUGGGCGGUACCGACUAG